GAUUGGAGGCCAUAAAAGGAGCAGGAGAAGGGGAGUGAGAGAGGGGCUAACCGCACCGCACGCCGACAUCGCCGGAGAGGGCGCCGCUCGCCGGCAUCGUCGUCGCCGGAGACUCGUCCGUCCAUCCGCAAGGGAGUCCAGCAAUACUCCAUCAUGCAAAGCCCCAGCAAGGUUUCUGAAGCCUCUGGCUCAGCACCCCCUGCCACGUCUGUGAUCGAAGGUUGGGCAGAACUCCCAGAGGGCCUGCUUCACUCCAUUGUUGCUCUAUUGGGCUCUUUCCUUGACCUCCUUGCCUUCACUGGCACCUGCCAUUCUUGGCGUGCUGCCUUCUCAUCCUACCCAUCAAAAUCUAACUUUCGCACCAUACUCCCACCCCUCCUCGUCCGACCCAAUGUCCGCGUCAAAGCCCCUUAUAGCAGCAAUGGUCAUCGCAAGCUACGCUCGUGUGAGGUCAUUGAUCUAGCCAACCGAAACACCCCACUCCGCUGCCAGAUUCCUCAAGAAACUCUGCAGAGGAUGCAUUUUGCAGGUUCUUCCCAUGGUCAGCUCAUCUGCUGCCGCCGUGGUUAUUGUCUUGUUGUUGAUGUGUUCACCGGUGCUGAGGUUUCACCUCCACGCCUUCCAUUCAGUGAGAACUGUGAUGAGUUCUACUACUGUGGCAUUCUGACGGCUCCUAUCACGUCACCUAACUCACAUCUCAUUAUCAGCACUCAGUCCUCCCUGUUUGAUUGGCCAGUUGGAAGUGACUCUUGGUCUGAGCUCAAGCUGCCCGUUAAUCGGGUCGAUCAGAUUGUGGAAUUCAAUGGUCAGCUCAUCGCUGUGAUUGAAUACAGUCUGUACACUUUGCAGUUGGCCCCCAUUCUUCGCUUGGAAAAGAUAAAAACUCUCUGGUGGGAUAACAUGAAUGAAUGUCCGUAUAUGAGACCAUGGUUUGUGGUUUGUGGUGACAUGCUUCUCAUUGUUGACCACUACAUAAGUUUUUCAUUUGGAGCACCGGUCCUCUACAGGCCAUACCGUCUGGACAUGUCGACCAAGCCUGCAAAAUGGGUGGAGGUAAAGAAGCUGGAGAACUGGGCACUCUUCAUUGGGGGUGAUGCAAGGAGCCCUCCAUUUUCUUUCAAGAACCCGGAGCGCUGGGGAGGGAGGAGCAACUGCUUGUACUAUGCUCACUACUCUCAGCCAUUGAGCCUGCAUGGGUUGGGUGAUGAUGCAGAUGCUGUGUGGGAUCCUAACACUGAUGACAACCUCGUGUUCAAAAGAAACUGGUACCGCCAGCUGCAGGCCUUGUGGGUGUACCCAAGCAUGUUCUAUUCAGCGGGAGACGGCCAGUGAUUGCUGCACAAGAGCUCUGCUCUUAUCAUCUGAUUCUGAGACUCUCUUCUGAAUUCUGAUGUAGGGCAGAGCAUCUUAAUGCUUAGCUUAAUAAUACUUGCAGUCGUUUUGUAGCUCAGUUGUUAGCUGCAUUCUCUAGUCUAAUAUUUUCGAGGUGCACUGGAUGCUUUUGUACCUAAACUAUUAGUAGCUGUUGCUUUUAUGCUGGAAGUCUGGAUUCUGGAACUCGCUACCGUUGAGGAUUUCCACUGGUGAUGGAGAUAAUGUUUCGUUUUACGAGUGUUUGAGCUUAGCUGCUAUAUUUUGGAACAUUAAUAUAUAUUCUUGUGUGCACUUGGCUUGUGAUUUGGUUCUGAAUGUAACCUAUAUGUUGUUCGAGC